UGGAGGCGGGGAUGGCGUGGCUGGACGUUACUACACGGGAGUUAGCUAGCUAGUGACUAUUUACUUUCACGUUAGUGCCAUGUUAUUAAGAAGGUAAACCCAGCACAGUAUCAACUCAAAGUUUGUUUAUCGACCUAUAAAUACGUCGUUUACUUUAAUCGAUGGUGAAUGUCCAGCAAACGUGUCAAAACGUGUGUAGAAAGAUGUGCAGCUAACGUUAGCCCAACGGUGUUGAUGGUAAUCUGCCUGUAAACACCUGGACUGCCAAACACAGAGAAGUGAAUGAAAAGCAACACGCCGUCAGGACCAUUUUACUUCUAGACCGAACCAUAAGAAAUGAGGAAGUGGAACUGGCGAGAAGGACAGCGACCGCACACGCGACAAGGUGCUGGUCAGCGCCGUGGAUGGCACCGAGGAAACCGACAGCAGUGGUAUGAACGUGAUGAUGCAGGGCCCUCACACAGACCAUCUCAGAAGCACCAUGCUAACCAACCUGCCUCACAUUCCUCUUCUUCCUUGCCUUCCUCGUCUUCUUCUAACGCCAGCAGUGCUGCACCAGAGCUGCCAGGUUUCUAUUUUGACCCAGAGAAAAACCGUUACUUCCGGCUGUUGCCCGGGCACAACAACUGUAACCCACUAACCAGAGAGCAACUACAACAAAAAGAAAGAGAGAAGGAGAGGAACAAGAUGUUGGCAGAAGAUGAAAACACAAGAAAAAAAGCACCAAGAAGAGGACUAAACACUUCGCUGCUACUUCAGAAACGACAUCUAGGUGUAUUACCUGAGCACUCCUAUUGCAGGCUCGUCCAUGAGGUGAAGGUCAGUGAAAUGAGACGCCACAAACUAGAGAUCCAGAGCACAGACAACAGCAUCUCAAACACCGACAACUUCAGACUCAUAGUGGGGGAUUCGGCGUGUGAGCGAGUGUUCACAGUCAACGAUGUCUCUCAUGGCGGCUGCAAGUAUGGCAUCAUGAACUUCAGCAGCAGCAGCAAGGGGUCUCUGUCUGUGGAAAUGUGUGAUAACCUCUACUUCACUAAUCGGAAGGUCAAUUCCAUCUGCUGGGCUUCGGUAAAUUACCCCGAUUCUCAUGUGUUGCUGUGUCUGGUGGGAGUAGCAGACACCCCUGGCUGCGUGAGUUUACUUCCUGCUUCCCUCUUCAGCAACUCCAACCCAGAUCAGCCUGGGAUGCUGUGCAGCUUUAAGAUAUCCUCAGCCUGGUCUUGUGCUUGGUGCCUCAACCCCCAGUUUGACAAGACGUUCAGCACUGGCCUGUCUCGUAGAGUGAUUGUGAAGGAUGCAGAGACGGGCAGAACACAGACGUACAGCGUCGGCAGUGAUGUCCUGGCUCAGCAGUUUGCCCUUAGGGUUCCUGUCCUGUUUAACGGUUGCAGAUCGGGGGAGAUCUUCAGCAUCGACCUCCGACAGCGCGGCCGCAGAGAUCACAGCUGGAAGGCCAGUCGCUUCCAUCAAGAGUCAGCCAUCACCUCUGUACGCGUCCUGCAGGAUGAGAACUACCUGCUGGCUGCUGACAUGCUGGGCCAGAUUAAGCUGUGGGAUGUGCGAGGCACAAAGCCAGUGCAGGAGUACAAAGGUCAUCAUAACGAGCAUGCCUACCUUCCCAUCCAUGUCAAUGAGUGUGAAGGGCUUUUGCUAGCAGUGGGUCAGGAUUGCUACACAAGGUUAUGGAGCCUUAAGGACGGUCAUCUAUUGAGAACCAUCCCAUCACCCCACCCGGCCGCAAACGACUUGAUCCCAAGUGUUGUGUUUUCAUCUAACCUGGGUGGCAGCAGGGGCCUCCCCGGGCUGCUCAUGGCUGUCAAACACGACCUCUAUUACUUCCCAUACAACACUGACUACCAAGAAUGAGGAGUGCUGAGGCCAGCUGUAUCACUGUGUAUUUGAGUGUGGCUGGGUAAAGAUGUUAUGUGACAACCAUUUACACUAAAUUUAGACUGAAGUGGUGACCUCAAAGAACUGCUUUUAAAUUUCAUGGGAGUUGCCUCAUCAUACACAUGAUCGUGUUUUUGUGCCAAAAGGAAAUGGAAGUGCUGCAUUCACAUGUGCACACCGGUACAGUUCGGUUUUCCUUACUGUUCUUUUUACAGAAGAAGUGCACUUAUUUUAAACACAGCUAACCUUGAUUGUUACUGGAAAUAAGGGUGCUGGGAUUGAAAUUUGAAAAUGAUGAUACUUUUUGUUUACUAAAUCAACAUGUUUUAUAGUCUUUGUUGAUUCCCAGUAAAGUUUAUUAAAAACCUUA